AGAAGGGUCCAGGGCUGGUGAGAUGGCUCAGCGGUUAGGAGAACUGACUGCUCUUCCAGAGGUCCUGAGUUCAAUUCCCAGCAACCACAUGGUGGCUCACAACCACCUAUAAUGAGAUCUGGUGUCCUCUUCUUGCCUACAGGCAGGAUACUGUAUAAAUAAAUAAAUAAAUCUUUUGUUUGUGUGGACCCUGUUUUCAAGGGCUGUCUCACUUUUUAUGUAGCAUGUAUUACAGCAGGUACAGCCACAUACUAAAGCAAGUGUGUAGUGUUUCUGUGCAUUAUGAAGGAAAUAAAAAGUCAAAGGAACCGACAUCUGGGAUUUCAGUUGUGGCUUCUCAAGACCAGGAUACUUGAGACCUAAAUAACAAGUAGUAGAAUUAAGGGAGAAGUGUUUUCUUUGCAACAGAAGUGUAAGAUGCAAGGCUGGGAAGAAGAGAAGGCGUUGGCACAUUAACGAAAAUAGAAACAGUGGGGUCAGGUUGAAAGCUAUAGAGAAAGGAGACAUUGUGCAGUUGUGAGGGGAGGCGAGGCACAUUCGUCUCAAUGGGUCACGCUUCAGAUUUUGUUUCAAAUAUACUGGGACCCCUUUGUUUACAUUUAUUUUACGUGUUCAUUUGUGUUUAUGUGAGUGUGGAAGUCAUAGGAUGAGCUGUAGAAGUCUAUUUCCUCUGUUUGGGUGCAGGGAUAAAGUACAGGCCAUUAUGCUUAGUGUCAGGUACCUUUACCCACUGAGGUAUUUUGCCAACCUACCUUACUUUAUUUAUUUAUUUAUUUAUUUAUUUAUUUAUUUAUUUAUGUUUUGUUUUAAAGACAGCAUUCUACAGGCAGGUCUGGAGAGAUGGCUCAGUGGUUAAGAACAUGGCUGUUCAUCUGUAGGAGCCAGGUUCAACUCCCAGCACCCAUAUGGCAGCUCACAACUGUCUGUAACCUCCAGUUCCAGGGGAUCCAGUGCUCUCUUAUGACUUCUCAAACACCAGGCACAUAGAUGGCAAUGCACAUACAUACAGGCAGAAUUGCCCACUAUACACAUAAAGUAAUAAAAUUAGCCAGGGUGGUGGCAUUAUUUUUCAAUCCCAACACCCAGGAAGCAUGGGCAGGCAGACCUUGAGUUUGAGGCCAGGGAGCACUACAUAGUGAGACUCUGUCUCAAACAAACAAAUAAAUAACUGGUUUUUGUAUUUGAAAGGUUUGUUUGCCUAUUUUAUAUUUUCUCUCUUUUUGAUUUUAGUCCCAUGAACGUGUAAGCAAGCGUCUGCAUCAGCGAUUUCAGGCCUGGGUAGGCAAAUGGACCAAGGAGCAUGUGCCUCAUGAAAUGGCAGCAGAGACCAGCAAGUGCCUCAUGGGUGAGGGGCUAGAGGGCCUGGGUGCCCUGCACCACCACCUGUGACACAGAGACUCUGCACUUCGUGAGCAUUAACAAGUAUCGUGUCAAAUACGGCACAGUAUUCAAAGGCCCUUAACUCCAGAGCCAGAGCAGGUAGCUCAGAGGGGUGUACCUGUGUGUGUGCAUAUGUAUGCAAACACUGAAGAAUCAAGGAAGAUGCCUUUCAAGCCACGAGUGCAACCUGGCACCAAGCAGGAUAUACACAAGGAAUGUGGACGGAUACCUUAGAAAGCUGGAACUGGCACUUUUCCCAAGGGUACUAGCCUGCCCAAGAGGGAGUGAAGUCCAUGCAAGCACAGAGACAGGCAGCUUGCUUGCACACACCAGCAGAGCUCAAACCAGAACUUCUGUGACCUGACUUUAGAUGAACAACCAGAUGCUGUUACUCUUUGGAUGGAUGGAGGCGCAUUUACAAAACAGAUGGACUGUAACUGAUGGUCACUGCUCCUCAAGGAGACUGCAUUUGAUGCCUGACUUGAGCACAUCUAAGAUCCCCUGUUAGAUUCUAUCUCAGAUCUGCUGUUUGGCUUUGGGAUUGAUACCUUGUGGAUUUCAUUUCUGAGUCCUUGCAGCCCACCUUCCUCCCUCUUCUGGUUCUCAGCCUCAACAAAUUCCAGUCAGUCCUCCUUUUUAGCUCCUGUGGGACUGUUUUGUACCUGCUUCUUUACUAGUCUACCCUAGUGCCAUCCACCAGCUUUACCCACUCACACACAUACACACACACUCACACACACACAAUUUUAACUGGAUUCUCUUUUUUUGUAAAUAAUGUACAUACUGUCAAUUUUUAUUAAAGGAAAUAUGCUUUGAUGUGCUAGCAUAAGUGCUCUAGCUUCUUGUGUACCACAGUACUGUGUGGCUCCAGAUUUAGUACCUAUAAAGAGAUGUACAAGACGUUUAUUACACUUUUUACCAAAGGGAGAUACCAUUGUAGUACUUUUGUGUAAGACUUGUCUCCCCCUCCAACUUUUCUUCUUUUUUUCCCUUUUUCUUUUUUUUUAAAUGUAAAUAAAGCUUGGUUCUUAAAAAAAUAAGUAACCCAAGUCCCUUGUCCUCACCAAAGAGCUACUGUAGAGAUUGGCUUUAGUUUCUUUUUUAGGUUACAAAUAAGAUUUUGCUUUAAAUAAAUAGGUACUUGAAUUUGUCAAAUCAGCAUCUAUCAGAAGAUGGCUCCGUAGGUAAAUGUGCUUGCCACACAAGCCUGAUAACCUGAGUUUGAUCUCUGGAUCCCAUGAUGGAAGGGGUGGGCUGACUCCCAAAAUGCACUCAUACACAGGCACACCCAGGUUUUUUGUUUUUACUUUCCUUUCAGAAUUUUAAUUUUCCUUACUGGGAAUGAGGCAGCAACUCAAGAUACCAAGCCGAAGUAAAUGUCAAGUUCGAAAAAGUUGGAAGGGAAUGAAUUGGUAUUUUGCUUAGCAACUUCAAUGAUCAAACAUUUUUAAAAUGUAGCGAUAGGCUUUUAAUCUUAGCACUCAGAGGCAGAAGCAAACAGGUCUCUGUUCAGGACCAGCCUGGAUUACAUACAUAAUUUCAGGAUGGCCAGGGCUACAGAGAGACCCUGCCUCAAAAAAUGAAAUUUUUAAAAAAAAUUAUUUUUGUGUGUACACUUGAAUGUGUGUGGAAGUUAGAACAACUUGAAGUCAGAUCUAGGGAUCAAACUCAGGUUGUCAGGCUUGACUAUAAAUGUAUUAAUCUGUGCUGUUACUACCUUAACACAUCUAUCUAGACCCCACUUUUUAAGUUACAUAAGUUGAAACAUGAACAUUAAGGAUCUUCAAAUAUGAUUGGCCUGGACUUCCUAGCCCUCAUAGUUAGAAUUGGGUAUCAUGUUAUUUUCCAGUUAAAGAAAUCCCUGGUACCUGGGCCCCACAUGGUAGGAGGAGGGACUGUGUCGUCAGCAGUCCCCCCCCCCCCAAUAAAAUAUAGCAACGGUUUUUAGAUUCUCAACAUUGCCAUAAUGGAAAAAAAUGGCUCCUGGAUUUUCAAAAUACAAAGUGAGCGUCUUUUAUUUGUCUGACGCAGGGCGUGUGUAGCCAGGGCUCCCAAGUUCUAGAAUACAGGUGUUUUUGUCACUCUUGAAGGUGAUAGCCUAAUGAAAAAGCUUUUUUUUUUUUUAUUUUUCGAGACAGGGUUUUUCCAUAGCUUUUGGUUCCUGUUCUGGAACUAGCUCUUGUAGACCAGGCUGGCCUCGAACUCACAGAGAUCCGCAUGCCUCUGCCUCCCGAGUGCUGGGAUUAAAGGCGUGCGCCACCACCGCCCAGCUGAAAAAAACAUUUUCAUUAGAACUACAGCUGAGACAGCAUGCCAGGAAGACAGAAUCUGAUUUCCUCAGCCAUAACUCACCCCUUGCUCUGCUCCCUCAAGACCAUGGUGGCCUGGCAGGAAAUGGGUCUGGGUAGAGGCAGCCUUGCCUGUUGAUACCCAUGGUUAGUCUUACUAUGUACAGCACCUUCCUGCAGGUCAGGAUAGGAUUUUAGGUCCAGUUCAGGAGAGAAAGUUCUUGGGACCAAUAAAACAGAUAACUUUGGUCAAUCUUUCACAAAGCAGAAAGUUAUCUUUAAAUGACAUUUGGACGGUCGUGGUUUGUUUGUUUUUUUUUGUUGUUGUUGUUUUUCCCAGACAGCUUCUCUUUACAUUUCUGGCCGUCCUGGAACUCGCUUUGUAGACCAGACUGACUUUGAACUCAGAGAUCCGUGUGCCUCUGUUGCCCUGCUCCCUGCCCAGUGCUGGGAUUAAGAGCGUGUGCCAACCACGCCCAGAUCUUGGUCGUUUUUUCUAAAUAACCUGAAUUUGAAAUGCAAACCCAGUUACUUCCAUUAAAACAGGCUAGUUCUAUUGAUCCUCUGUUUUCUUCUAGCGGUUUUACAGAUACUCUGGCAAACGUUAAAGCCGGAGGUCGGCUUUUGACAUUAAAAUUUCUUGCACUUGUUGACCUGCUGCAUCAGGUCAAAAUUCCAGACAUUUUGUGAUGGACAACAGUGAUGUUGUAAUGUUAUAAUGUAUGUAAAAGCCCCUUUCCCCUCUUCUUAAUACACUGCCGAUUAGGUUGACCACACACUCGAGGCAGCCUUGCCCUUUUCAUAUUAAGCGGAUAUUAGUGCUCCCGUAAGUGAAGCCACAGGGAAGCAAAUUAACUCGAUUUGGGGAAUCCCACAUCAGGGCCUAAUUUUUUUUUCAGGACCUUCCCGAGGUUCCACGCUCUUCAGUCUUACACAGCCCAAGCUGUUCUCAAAUCCCUAUGGCGCCAUGGAUAUCCUUCAAUUUACACUCCCGCCUCCACGAACGCAGGACUUUGUGCAUGCUAAGCAAGCACUCUCCUUACCGAACCACAUAACCAGCUCAAACUUACCAUUUUAUUUAAGGAUAAUUUACCCAGCUGUUUGACAGCUGGGAUGAGAAGAGAACCGCGAAGGCGCAGCUUCCGGUUUUCACCAGGCUAGCUCCCCAAAGUCAGCAUCUUGCAAAAGCUGCUGAUGUCCCAAGAAAUGCUGCUCGGGCCAGGAAAGGUGCUGGUCGAAUGCGGAACCUUUGGUUCCAGGCAGUGCAGCGACACGGCAGCACCAAGGGUCUUACGGGGAGAGAAGUGGGCGCAUCGCCAUGGCGGUAGCCCCGUUUUUGAAGCAUUGGCGUACCACUUUUGAGCGGGUGGAGAAGUUAGUGUCCCCGAUCUACUUCACAGACUGUAACCUCCGCGGCAGGCUCUUCGGGGACAGGUGCCCGGUGACACUUUCCAGCUUCCUAACGCCGGAGAGACUUCCCUACGAGGAGGCGGUGCAGCAGGACUUCAGCCCUGCGCAGGUCGGCGACAGCUUCGGACCCACAUGGUGGACCUGCUGGUUCCGGGUAGAACUGGUCAUCCCCGAAGCGUGGGUGGGCCAGGAAGUUCAUCUUUGCUGGGAAAGUGAUGGAGAAAGCCUUGUCUGGCGAGAUGGGGAACCUGUCCAGGGUUUGACCAAAGAGGGUGAAAAGACCAGUUAUGUUCUAACUGAUAAGCUGGGAGAAGGAGACCCUCGGAGAACAUCAAGAAACGAAUCGCUUCUACUGUCCUUCCACCCAGGGAUGACUGUUCUUCCCAUCUCAGCAAUCGCUUCUGCUGUCCUUCCACCCAGGGAUGACUGUUCUUCCCAUCUCAGCAAUCGCUUCUGCUGUCCUUCCACCCAGGGAUGACUGUUCUUCACAUCUCAGCAAUCGCUUCUGCUGUCCUUCCACCCAGGGAUGACUGUU